GACCAAACUAUGACCCACUCGACCGUACAAGAUCCAGAUACACCUUCAAUGCAACUCGACAAUGCUUCUCCUGCUGAGAUGGAUCUUGAUGGGGAUCUAGAGAAUGGUUUAAUACGCCCUUUGGACAGUGAAGAACUUGUAUUAGCAUUGGAAGAAGCUAGAAUAUUGGUUAUUGGUGCGGGUGGAUUAGGAUGUGAGAUUCUUAAGAAUCUGGCACUCACUGGUUUCAAGAACCUGGAUGUAAUCGACAUGGAUACUAUUGACGUUAGUAAUCUUAAUCGCCAAUUUCUUUUCCGACGCAAAGAUAUUGGAAAACCCAAGGCGAUUGUUGCUGCGGAAUUUGUGAUGCAGCGUGUACCAGGCGUACAAGUGACUCCCUACUUUGGAAAAAUCCAAGACAAAGAUGAUGAUUAUUAUCGUCAGUUCCAGACAGUUAUCUGUGGAUUGGAUAGUAUUGAAGCCCGCCGUUGGAUUAAUGCAAAACUAGUGGAUAUGGUUGACGAUGAAGACCCGACCAGUCUCAAGCCAUUAAUUGACGGCGGAACUGAAGGUUUCAAAGGACAGGCUCGUGUCAUAUUACCAACAAUUAACUCAUGUUAUGAGUGCUCCUUGGACAUGUUCAAUAAGCCAACAACAUUUCCCAUUUGUACCAUUGCAAAUACACCUCGUCUUCCUGAGCAUUGUAUUGAAUGGGCAUCAGUAUUGGAAUGGCCACGCGUGUGGGGAAAGGAAGUAAAGUAUGAUACUGAUAAUCCGGAACACAUUACUUGGCUAUACCAACAAGCCCAGACGAGAGCGGAGAAGUUUAAUAUUACUGGCGUUACUUACUCACUUACCCAGGGUGUGGUGAAGAAUAUCAUUCCAGCUAUUGCCUCGACUAAUGCUGUGAUUGCAGCCGCUUGCUGUAAUGAAGUUUUCAAGAUUGCAACAUCGACAGCGCCGUAUUUGAACAAUUACAUGAUGUAUACUGGAAAUGACGGCAUCUAUACCUAUACUUUUGAGCACCAAAAGAAACCAGAAUGUCCCGUUUGUGGAAACCUUACCUCAUCAGUAACUCUUGAUCCCAACAUGCGGCUUGAUGAAAUGAUCGACUGGCUAAAAGAUAAACCUGAUGCACAAAUGAAGAAACCAAGUUUGCGAAUUGAAGGUCUCUCGCUUUACAUGCAAGCUCCUCCAGCACUGGAAAUAGCUACUCGUCCCAACUUGUCAAAGACCCUUUCAGAAUUGUUGGAAGAGGGUGAUAUUAUUACAGUAACAGAUGCUAGUCUUCCUGUCAGUCUUCAAAUGAAGGUCAACUGGAAAUAAUAAAUGAAGCAAGGAACAAACUGUUGAAUUGCUCAUUGUAUCAAGUUGCAAACAUCUUUUCUAUGUUACUAUUAUUAUAUUAAAGAAGUGGGGUUGUUUUUUUACAAAAAAAAAUGACAUACUGAUCG